AUGUCCACCCAAAUUUCUAUACCGCCUCCAUACUUUGGCAACCUCACAUAUAUCAAAAUCUACAACGAAUUGUUGGGCACUUUGGUCACUGUGAAACUGUCGACCGGCAAAACAUUGGAAGGAUAUUUGUACAAUGUAGAUCCCGUGACCUUCACGAUAAUUCUAUUACAGGCCGAAAACUUUGAUACUGACUCACCGCUUUCUGGGUACAAGGUUUUGGUUGUGAUGUCUCAUGCUGUGGCGGAAUUUAAAGUAAACGAUGAGGUAGAAGCGAUACCAAGGCAUCUCUUAGAUUCGAUAGUCGCCAAAAAAGUGGAAGAUUACUCGAUCGAUUCAGAGAAAAUGCGACAAAGGAAAGAACGGCUAAUCUCAUUAUUCACGUCGGCAACGAAUGAUUCGACCAUUCACAUAAUGGAUUGCGCCCACAUCGCACCCCCGUAUGUAGAUUCUUCCGUUGAAUGUGAGAAUGAGAUAGUUUUGAAAAGGGUGAAAGAUAUGAUGACUCAACUGCCGGCCCUCGAGUAA